GUCUCUUAUCGGAACAUUCACACGCACCAGCAUUUGAAACGCUGUACCUAAUAUCGGAAUCAUCACAUUAGGCUAGCAUUAAUUUGUAACCCUGUACCUCAAUUCUGAACCUCCACACUCAGCCAUCGAUUGAACCGUGUUAGUUUUUAUCAGAGCUUUCACACGCACACAAGCGAGCGUUCGCUGAAAAUUUGAAGAGAGAAGAGUUAGUGUGAGAGUGUCAUCACUCACUGGCGAAUCACUGAUAAAAACGGACUAGCAUCGCUAGAUUGGUCAUUACUGGUCGGAAGGCUUCACGGUGCGUUCAGAGAUCUCCAAGCAUAGUGACAGUGACCACUCAUCAUCAGUGAUCUCUAAUUACCAUUGACAUUAAUCUCCAGUCAUCUUCAAAAUCAGCAUUGUUACAUCAUCGUGAGGGUUCAUUUGUGAUGAUUCUGUAGAUGAAUCAGUUGGUAUAGAUGACUCUUAGUGAUUGUCAAUGAAUUUCAGUUAUCACUACUCAUCAGCAGCAAUUUCCAUCAGGAUCUAUAAACAGUAUUGGUGAGGAAUUUCUGUCACAGACGUACCCAGAAACAUUCAGCUCUUCUAAAAAAUCUUCAAUUAUAAUUUCACAAUAAGUAAUCAAUGAAAAUAUUGUAAUUUCGAUCGAUAGCAAAUUUAUGAGUGUUGAUCGAUCACAGUGACAUAAUAAUAACCACUGCAAUUGAUCAAUAAGAAAUCAAAAUGGUUUUAGUUUAUCAGAGUGUUCUUCCAUAAAUAAUAAUUUCUUAUCAAUAAUAACCAUUGGUGUCUAUUGUUUGGCUACUUCCUACAAAAAACAGUAACUCUCUUUGUUGGAUUCUCUUGAAGAUCGGUAGGUCUAUGGCAAUCGUGUAUGAUCAUUAGUUACUGUGUCCCAGCAUAGUUGACACAGUAUUAUUGUGAGUGACCAUCAGUGGAUGCUAGAUCCCUUUACCAGUGACAGUAAAAUUCAUCCAGCGACCAUCAGUAACCGUGAAUAUCUGUGAAAAUCAGCAACUUAUGCUCUCCUGUGUUCAUCAUCAAUGACUGUCAGAAUUUGUCAGUGAUCAAUGACCAUCAGUCACUACUAUAAUAACUGUUUUUUAAUUCUUCAAUAAUGGUACUUUUGACCAGUGAAGUGUCGGACAACAUAAUGGUGACAAAAGCCUUUCGCCGACAAAAAGUGCAUUCGUCAGCAGUUCUGCUGCGUCGACACACGUGUGCCGAAGUAGCACUGUGUCUGUGUGUGGGGUGUGUGCAUCGCCAUGAGAGGGACCACAACCGUCAAAAGAGGGACCACAACCGCCAAAAGAGGGACUAUUCGUGCCAAACAAAUGCAGCCACUUUGUAUAGUGAACUGAAUGCAGCUAUUGAUAGCAGCGUACAGGGCAUAGACGAGGUGUACAUAGCUCGAUGUCUUGAGGUGAAGCCAGCCCAGGUGCUGACAUGGUCGGUGAGGAGAGCCCUUGCUGCCGGUGAGAACUUCGCCAGCUGCAUUGUGCGGGUUCGCGCUCAGCUGGCUGGUAGGAGUCAACCCACCUCCUUCAUAGUCAAACGCCUCCCGGCGCCGGAGCCUGGUGGUGGCAUGCGUCAGAUUGUCCAAGAGGUUGGAAUGUGGCAACGUGAAGUGGAUGCCUACUGCACGGUUAUUCCUGUCAUCGAAAAGCUGGUUGGCUGCAAACUGACUCCUGCCCUGUUACCAGGUCCGGACCCAUCAGACAUCUGCCUGGAAGACCUGCGAGAGUCGGGUUUCAAUCCGGCAGACAGACGACGAAUGCUGGACUUUGAGCACUCAGUGGUAGCCCUUGAAGCACUCGCCAAGUUCCACGCAGGCUCAGUGGCUGCCAGACAACUCCACAAUCAGGGCCAAUCAAGGGUGGAAGAGGAGCUGUUCUUCAAGGAGUCCAGGCGGGAAGCGGCUGAAGACUUCAUGCGAGCUCCAUUUCUGUAUCUGGCUCAAGAUCUGUUGAACUCCAGCUGCCACCGGCCUGAACUCCAGAAGUACAUUGAACCGUUACUGCAUUUGGGCGAUAAGAUAUUCGACAUGUUAAUACAGGUUUCAAAACCGGUUGGGCCGUUCAAUGUGUUGAACCAUGGGGAUUUUUGGACAAACAACAUACUAUUCCGACACGACUCUACAACGGGGGAAGUUUUGGAAGCAAAAAUAAUUGAUUUUCAAAACUGUCGCUACACAACCCCCGCUCUUGACCUACAGUACUUCCUCAUGUCCAGUGUUAACGAGCAGGUACGUGAAACACAGUCAAACGAAUUGGUAGACUGUUACCUGGAGACGCUGAACAAACAGCUGAUCGUGCUAGGCCUGCCAACUCUACAGAAAGAUGUUCUGGAGCGGGACAUGGCGGCGACUGAGUGUUACGCCGUGUACUGCGCUACAGCUGUUUUGGCAACCGUCAUCAACGACCCAGGCGACUUCCACUGUGGAGUAGUCGUGCCAUCCAACAUGGACUCGUUGAACCCAUUUGUGAAAUGCAUGCGGGCAAGCAGUUAUCGGCGAAUGGUGCCCAGACUGUUGCAGUGGUUUGAUCGCAGAGGGGUUUUCGACAACAACUACUGGCCUCCAAUGUUACACUCUCCAAAUGAUGGCAUCUUGGCUUGAAAAGGCUACUUCAAGAUCCCCCUACCCUCCAAAUAAUUUCAGGACGAAGUCUGCGUCGAUACCUCCUAAUGAUAUUGCAAAUUGACAGAAUAAAAACUAGGUCUUACCAGGAGUGCUGAUAGUAUAAUGUGACUCUCAAUGGAGCACAAAUAUGAUAAAAAACAAUAUUAAUGAUUAUGCUUUUUUCAUAAUAAUAUAUUCCAUAUAUUCAUAGUGAUACAUAUAGCAUUGUUGCAAUAGGGUUUUGUUCAAGAAGUAUGCUUCAUUCUUGAUAUAAGAUAGUAAUUAUUUAUUUUAUUAGCCUACAUGAGUACCUGAUAAGAAUUGAGAACAAAAAUGUGCAAACAUUUUCAGUGUAAGCCUGUUGUGAUCAAUUCUAUGUAAUUCUCGAAAUGUCCAUGUAUAAAUCUUAUUCCUGUUUAAUUCUAUGUGUAAUUUCACUCAUGAUCACUCAAAUUACUAUAGAAAUGCGUUUUAUAAUAGUUAUAAUGGAUAAAACAAACUAUUUGAAGAGUGCUAACAAAUUUGGCUUGUGUUAAAUUUCAUUCAUCUCAACCCUAAUCUCUACAGAACACAAUAUAUAUCGUGAAUAGUGAAUAUUCCUAUCCAUCUUCAGCUUUGUUGUGAAUGACUCCUCUAAUUCAACUAAAUGGUGUUUUUUUAGUGAUAAAUUCUACUCUCAUAUACAUAGAAAGUGGG